CGAGGACAAUAGCUGUCACGCACGGAAUUGAUCAUCGCAGUGCGCGAGACCGGCGUCGAAUCCGCGAACCCCGCCUCGCGCCACUGCGUUGCCAUAGUAACCAUCACAGGCAGGGAGUGAUGAUGACAAAAAUACAGUAGUGACUUCAGCACAUAUCAAAAUGAAUUAACGAAUCUCUGCUCGUUAUUAUAACAUAUACCAAGCCUCGUGAUUCCAGAAAUACGCUAGCCUACACCAACCAGAUGUGGAAUACUUCAUAGCACAUCUGAGGCCAGAAAUCUUUCCGUGGACCUCAGCAGACUGCUGAAUCAAAGCGGACAGUCUAUCAUGCAUCCGUUUGGCCGUGAAGAAGAGACCUCCAGACGCGAGCUCUUCGGCUUCUUCACGCGGUGUUUGACGCGCGGUGAGUGGGAGCUCGCGGCAGCCUGCGUGGGUCAGCUCGGCGAUGCGAGCGGAGAUGACCCCCAUGGCCCACACAACAUUGUUAAAGCCAUCGUUACCCACCCAUACCCGCUCAGGUGGGAAACAGUGGGCAGCCCUCACAGACUGGCCUGGUAUUGGCUUCAAGUUCUGGAAAAACAGGCUAAAAUAAAGGUUAGUGGGUCUGUGAAGAGAGAACUGGAGUUCAUGUUACUUCUAGAGGAACUUGGAGAUGUGCCACUGUCUGUGCUUAAGGAGCUGCAUGAAGCCUUCCUGUACUCUGAGGAAGUAAAGGGAAAGAUUCCAGGUGAUUCCACCCCUCCACUGAGCGCUGCUGUUCUAUCCUGCCUCCGUUCUCUUUUAAACCGCCAGCAGCCGCGGCUCUGCCACUCUCUCAUCAGCUUCCUUCAGCACUCAGGCCACUCCAGAGACCACGCCUUACAGGAUGUCUUCAUCCAGCAUCUCACAGAGCGAGUGAACGUGCCUGUGGAAGAGAGGAACGAGAAAUGGGUGGAAGAGGUGUGUUCAGCGCUGGCCUUAGCACCAUGGGGGCCAGAGAGGUCAAAUGCUCAGCUAGAGACCCUGUGGAAGGGUUUGUGGUCGGCUAGAGAAGGGCCCAUGACAGAGGAGAGAAUUCUGGGAUGUCUGCUGAGGCCCCAGGGUCAGGCUCUGUUGACGUCAUACAGCUCCACAGCACUCAGACUGCUCAAAGAGAAACUGCUAAGAGAGGCUCCACAUACACAGGUUGACUUGCCUGAUCUGGAAAGGGUCAUGUUUGGCUUGUGCUGUCAUGGUGACAAGCGUUUGGUGUGGAAAGCCAUUUACUUUGAGUGUUUGAGCACUGGAAAGCACUUUCUGGAGCAGGUCUUGCUUACUGGUUUAGAUCUCAUAAAGCGAGAGGAGUUUACCAAACUGGAAACACUAUUGCAGGCUGAGUUUCAGCCUUUGUCCCGCCUCUUGUUGUUGUUGGGCUGGAUGCAUUGUCAAAGCCUGGAUUCUGCCAAAACCCUUUUAAGAGUCCUGCAUAACCAACAGCCCCAGACAAAUGAUUCAGUAUUGAGUGAGUUAGCCUGCACUCUGUCCUCUCAACUUGGUGUGCUGGAAUGGUGCAACCAGAACAACCCAGAGAUAUCCCAUGAUGCCUUGCUGAGUCACUUACACAUGCUGGACCAUCACUCUGCCCUGUAUGUGCUGUACUCCCUGACACCCCUCGCCAAAUAUGAGGAACACAGAGUUCUGGAACUGCUGCAAAGAACAGAAGAUCCUUCAUUAGUGGACUCACCCAGCAGCUCUGUCCAGCGAAACAUCACUCUGUUUCGAGGCUUCUGUGCCAUGAAGUAUGCCCUCUAUGCCAUCUGUUUGAACGCACACAUGCACACCGGCUGCCUGGACUGUGAGCCACUGCAUCAGCAGCAGACAGAGGCGGGUCAGGGGGAGGAGCCAACCGAAGGAUGCUCUGAUCUAUUCCAGCACUACCUAUCAGAAUGUCAGCUGUACCUGGAAGCUGUUCCGGCAUUAUUCCGUUUGGAACUCUUGGAGAACAUUUUCUCCCUCCUCUUCCUUUCUGACUCUGACUUCAGCCCACAAUCAGAUCAGAUCAGCACUGCCACAGAAACCCAACCAGACACAAACACAGAGGAAAUGAAACCAAACAGUGCUAUAAGUAUGAGCAAGGCUGAGAGCAUCUUAAGUGCAGAAAAGGAAGAUGGAAAGAUGGAGGAAUUGAGAGAAGAGAUCCAAAGUAGAGAUUUUGAUCAGAUGAACCCUGAGCUGGGUCACCUGAUGUCAGGGUGUCGGGGGUUUCUGGUGGAUUUGAGUGUUAUGGAGGGGAUUCUGCGGCUGGUGAAGGAGGGCUUGGAGGGUGUGUGUGGGGUCGGGCAGGAGGAUGGCAGGGCGCUUGCGGCCGAUGUGGAGUUGGCAGAGAGUCUAGGAUGUUCUGUUACAGUGGAAACAUUCAGCGCCCGGUUACAGAGAUUGUCUAAAUACACGGCAGAAGCCCAGUGGAGAUUGCAGAUUGUUACUAGCAACCAUGACAAUGGCAAUGAUGGCUUGUACCUCCCAUCUCCACUCCCCAGUCCGGCACUUCCCCUGAAACGCCAGGGCAGUGGCAGCAGCAGUUCAGGUGUUCGGAGGAAGAGAAGAAACCAUCGGCACCGCUCUGAACGUCAAGCCUCAUCUGAACGACAGAAUGGGGAGGUCAGCACCAGCACCUCAGAUGGUGGGGUGUGUGCUGGGGCUGUGUGCCGCGGGAGUGAAGUGUGUCCGUGUGGUGGACCCCACAACUGGCUGAUUCCUGCGAUGCUCUCCCCACCUGAGUCUCUCCUCAUCGCCUGCAUACGCAGAGGCAACUACAUAGAGGCCCAGCAGGUGAUUGCGAUGUAUGGCUUGGAGAAUUCUGAGUGUGCAGGUGAACUGGUCUUUAUGGAUCGGUACCGGGAGGUCCUGACUGAGCUGGCUCAGGUGGAGCAGAAGAUAGAGAGCCAGUCACUUUCUUCUUCAUCCUCGUCUUCAGAGGGUCUAGGCACAGUGGGUGUUGCUCCAGCGGGCAGGACCAGAAUGGGCAGCAGCAGCAGAUUAACACUUAAAAGCAUUGGGAGCGCCGCAGCCGCAGGCAUGGCCUUUUAUUCUAUCUCUGAUGUGGCCGAACGUUUACUCAGUACCUCGAGCCGGCCGAUACCCUGUCUAGAGGACAAUUACUGGCUCUCCCAGCUCUCUGUAGACUCCCCAGACCUCGUGCAACCCCUGCUGGAAGAGUUGAGCCCUGCAGCUGUGGCGGCCUUUGACCUCUCUUGCUGUCAGUGUACACUGUGGAAAACUUCAAGGCAGCUGCUCGAGACUGCCGAAAGAAGACUUAGCAGCCUUCUGGAGGCCAGAGGUAUGCGAGUAGAUCCAAAGGUUCUUCACACCAGUGGUAUUAGAGGCUUCCCUUCAGUACUGCAACAAAUCAGCAAGGUCCUUAAUAGAACCUCCACCAGCAAAGGAACAAACUGUAAUGGAGAGGAGAAUGCUGUCUACAGUCCCUUUGGCUGUAGUGCACAGGAAGUGCUGCUGUCUUGUCAUUCAACAUUAACAGAGGAGAGUAUUGCUUCCCGGCUAAACCUGAAUCAGCGCCUAGAGGUCACACUUCAAACCCUGACCUCUGCCACCAACACCUCAGUAGAUGGCCUGGCGGGGAGCUCUCUCCUGACGGCGCUGGCUGAACAGGCUGGUCUUAAGCAGUCUGAACUCGAUUCCCACCCAGUGCGGACUGCUAUGAAACAACUCCUACAGUAUCUAGACCAGCUCUGCCCCUUUGAGCCUGACAGCACCCCUGGCAGGCCAGAUUACAUACGCAACUUCCUUGAUUAUGUCAAUGUGUUGGCUUCAGUACUGGUGCGCAGUCUAUGGUCAGAAGAUCAGUCCACGGAAGUGAAACUCGGAAAUCCUCUUUUACUGUUGCUUCAGUCGCCUACCCAGCUUCUCUCUCUCCUGCUGUUUGACAGACAGGUGUCACCUGACAGGGUUUUGUCUCUCCUGCAGCAGGAGCGGCUGCGUUUGAGUGUGCAACAGGUUGUAGUUCAGCGCUGCUGUGAAACUCUCCCUCUCUGGGAUUCUAGGACUGUGACCUUUUCUCAGGGGCAGCCGAGAAUUGCAGGGUUUAGCAGUGGGGCGUUCUGCCCAGCCAGCAUUGCCUCAAUUCUCCAGCAGUAUGCUCAGGAGUGCGCCCCUUCCCUUGACCUCUCUGACCCUGCCACAACCUCUGACCCCAGUUCUGAGUCUGAGGUCUCUGUGGAGGACAUGUCUGCUACAUCCACCAGUCUCUCCACCUCCCCGCCCUCACCAUCUUCAUGCCCUCCUUCUUCUUUUCUCCUCACUCCAUCUGCGCUGUCUUUCCUGAAGUCCCGUUCCCCCCUCGUCGCCGCCCUGGCUUGCCUCAGUGUCAGUCGGGGUGGCGUGACCCGAGCAACCUCCUCUGGCUGGUCAGGCUAUUUUCGCGGAUCUGGGCGUAAAGAAGUGGUUUUGGAUGGAGACCAGAUCUCAAAGGAAGGGGAAUCCCUGCUUAAAAACUUCCCGAUCCUGAGAAUGUACCUACGGACCAUGGCUGAGCCAGUUCUAGGGGUCUCGUUGGAAGCAGAUGAGGGUCUUGGGGCAGCUCUCUGUGGGAAGCCUGUGGUGGGAAUGUUGUUUUCUGGCUUGCAGAGCAAUGCGGGACAAGCAAUGGCUGCUGAGGCUUUCCAGCAAGCCCUAAACAUGGGUGAUCUGAACAGAGCCUUAGACCUCCUAGAGCUGUAUGCACAACCCUGCAGUCAGGAGGGGGCACUCCGGGACAAACUACUGGCAUGCACUGCCCUGCAAGAAUGCAGCAGUGCGGAGCAGUUGUUUCGUGUAAGGGACUGGGAGCUGCGUGGACGUGUGGUUCUGCAGGGUUUGGACCGCUGGCCUUUACAACAGUGUUUAGAGCUGCUGCAAUUCUGUCUCAGUGAUCAGAACACACAGGAUCCACUCCGAGAGCAGCUUCAGCAGAGGAAACAUGAGCUGGACAUGUACCAGUGGAUGCUGAGUUUGCAGCCACCAUUGCCAUGGGAGACGUGGCAGGAGUUGAGGGAGGAGUCUACAAGGAAUCCUGAAUCUGUAUUCAGUCUAAUGCUGGAGGCCAGGGAGUUUGAGUUGUGUACCCAGUGGGUACAGCUGUAUUCAGUCUCCGAUCAGUCUCGAAUGCAGCUGCAAACCGAACACCUGCUACACCUCCUAGAACAGAAUCACACAGAAGAUGCUUUCCAGCUCUUGGAGGCUCUCUCUGAUUCAGUGGGUUUGGAGGUUAGUGAGCGAGCCCUGGAUCGAAGACCUGGAUUAGCUGCCUGCCACUUCCUGUCGGACUACCUCACCCUACACUUCCAGAGUCAGAUGUCCCCAGCGCGAAGGCGCCACAUCAAUGCCCUUCACCUUGGCUCUAAGGUUCUGCUCACUCUGCCGGAAGCAUCUCGUCAGGACUAUUUUUCCCUGCUGUCUGAUCCGCUUCUCAUGCUGGAGCAGCUGCUGAUGAAUCUUAAGGUAGACUGGGCUACUGUUGCCAUCAACACUCUACGGAGCCUUCUGCCGACUCAGGACGCCGGCAUCACCAACCAACACAUUGACACCCUACUGGCAGAUUACGCCCAGAAGGCUCUUGAUUUUCCUUAUGCACCCAGAGAGUGGUCACGUUCUGACUCUGUCAUUAGUCUACAAGAUGCAUUUCUGCAGUGUCCAGCCCAGGAGAGUGGCUCCUCUUCUCCAAGCCACACCCCUCCUCCAUCAGCAGGCAGCACACCCAUGCAUACACCCUUCAGUGAGAGACGCCCCAGUGGGAAGAGGAUCCGGCAGCUGGCCACACCUUUCACCCCUCCGGAAAAAACCCCUGACCGCAAGGACUGGAUCCCAGACCACAAACAGCACAUCUGUAUGGUCUGCCAGAGGGAGAGAUUCACCAUGUUUAACAGACGACACCACUGCAGACGCUGUGGCAGGCUGGUGUGUCAUUCCUGCUCCAGCAAGAAGAUGGUUGUAGAGGGCUCUGAAGAGCCUGUCAGAGUUUGUGACCAGUGCUACAACUUCUUCCACAUGGAUUCAGAUGAGGAGCUUGAACAGGGGGAAGUAGCUGGCAGCCCUGCGUCUGUUGAUGGAGUCCUAAAUGGGGUUCUCAGUCUGCCUGAGGUUCCACGAAAGCAGUACCGCCUGAGUCCAAACCCAGCAGAGAACCAGCAGCUGAAGAACGAGUUCUACUAUGAGCAGGCACCCAGUGCAUCCCUGUGUGUCGCUAUACUGACGCUACACAGCGAUCACGCAGCCUGCGGGCAGCAGCUGAUUGGCCACUGUCGCUCACUCUCCCGCAAACUGACCAAUCCUGAGGUGGAUGCACGUCUGCUGACAGAUGUGAUGUGUCAGCUGCUGUUCAGUGCCAAGCUCAUGUUCGUCAAUGCAGGAUGCUCCCAUGAGCCUGCACUCUGUGACAGCUACAUCAGUAAGGUGGAUGUGUUGAAGAUCUUAGUCAGUGCAAACUACAAAUACAUUCCAUCUCUGGACGAUAUUCAGGAAAUGACUGCAGUGACACGUCUGCGCAACCAGCUGCUAGAGGCCGAACACUACCAGCUAGCUGUGGAGGUGUCGACUAAGAGUGGACUAGACCCGAAUGGAGUUUGGCAGGCGUGGGGUAUGGCGUCUUUGAAGGCUGGAAAUCUGAGCGGGGCUAGGGAGAAGUUUGGCCGCUGUCUGAAAGCACCACUAGAUCGGAACCAGCUGAACCAUGGAGUUAGACUUCUGCAGGAGAUCGUUCAGCACCUGGAGUCCACAGUCAAACCCACUCUGAACACGACUGUGGAUGAGGACAUCCUGGCCUCUUUGCGUGAGCUGGAGGAGGCUCUCUCUGAUUCUGCUCCUCUAGAUGGAGCAGAGGGCAGAGUUCAGCGGUGCAGCUAUUAUCCGGAGUGUCUGUUUUACCUGCUCACUUAUGGCACACACCUAAGCCUCAUCAGCUUUUACCUGCGCAGUGACUGCCUGAGAGACGCACUCACCCACAUACAGAACAAGGAGUGUUCAGAGGAUGUGUUUCUGGAGGGCAUCUUUCAGCCCUGUCUUGAACGUGGACGGCUGGGGGCUCUGCAGGGUCUGUUAGAAACUCUGGACCCCACACUAGAGACCUGGGGCUGUUACCUUCUUUCAGCCUGUCAGUUACUCCAGCGCAGGGGACACUACCACUCACUUUACCAACUCCAGCAGUUCAUGAUGGAUCACAUUCGUGCCGCUAUGACCUGUAUCCGCUUCUUUUCUCACGGUGCUCAGUCAUAUCUGCAGCUGGGAGAGCAACAGCGUUGGCUGAUUCGAGCGAAAGAGCACCUGAGAACUUACCUGCAGGAACAACAGAGCCGCAGGAAAUCACACAGCUCCUCUUUCAGGAAGAAAAUGAGCUCCACUGAUGUCUCCAGACACAUACACACAGUUGAGCUGCAGCUGGAGGUGACACGCUUCUUACACCGCUGUGAAAGCUCACCAUCCAGGACAGCAGUAGGCCCCGCCCUCACAGGGAACAGUGCCCCACCCACUCUGUUUGGAAACAGCCCCAUGAAGGUGGACGUGGCCUGCAAGGUGAUGCUGGGAGGCAAGAACAUCGAGGAAGGUUUUGGCAUUGCAUAUCGAGUAGUACAGGACUUCCAGCUGGAGGCACUGGCGGUGUACAUACGGGUCGGACAGCGCCUUGUCCGGCAGCGUCAGUACUCGUCUGUGCGGCAGCUUCUGAAGUGUGUAGGGGAGUCUGGGACAGCCUCUAAACAUGACUGUGAUGCUAUUGUGCUCAGCUGUGUCUCAGUAGCUGAUAAGAGUCCAGCUGAUGCUAAAGAACUAGAGGGCCUGAUUCUAGAAUCUAAGAGUCCAGAAAACAAGAUAAAGGCAUAUCUUCAGUGCAGUAAACUGCGGGCAGCGUAUCUCCAGGCUGUGAAGCUUGAGCUUGUGAAGGCAGCUCCAUUUGUACAGGAUGUGAUGCGGGCCGCUGAGAGCUCCGGUGACUCUGUCAUGCAUGAUAUCUGCCGCCAGUGGCUCUCGGAGCAUCAGGAACGAUCGUCACGGCAACGACAAGGCAAUAACUGAUAACCACUACCAAUCCCUGUUGUGAACUCUAAUUCCUUUUGGUCACUGAAGUAUUCUGCUCUGCUUUGAUUGGCUGGAGUGAAAUAAUAUGCCAGGAAAUGAAUCACCAUUGUGCCACUUUUGUUAAAUGUCUAUUCACAAUCUAGCUCAAGUUGGGACCAGUCCAACUACCAAACCUCAUCCACUGAGAAUCUGAUGAAAUGAGAAAAAGGCCUCUCGAUCUACCGGUCCCCAGCAGAAAGAAAACUGCUUAACUUUACUAAAUAUUUUACAAUUAUGGCAACAUUCACAUCUGUGUUCUUUAGUAUUUGACUGAGCUUAUUCUCUUACCUCAGGAAAAUUGAUUUUUCUUUUCAUCUAUGUCAAAAAGACUAAUCACUGUGACUAAAUCUCCUCCUGAUGGAACGAGGUCAUAUGGUAGUGAAAUUAUCUGGAGUCUGCCGUUUAAAUUAAUUCUUAUCUGAGUUCAUUGCAAGUUUACAAUGGUGUCACUAUAAAUUUAGUGUCACUUCAGUUCUCAAAAAAAAAGGCAGUUUAUUUUGAUUGCAAUCAGAUGUGGUUGGACUACAAAAAAUUUAUUGUUAAAAGGGAAGGUGUGAUUUACAGGCAUUAUGAUGAGGGAGCGCUGAGAACAAAUAUAUACGCAGUGUCUUAGAUACUGCGAAACCCUAAACUAACAGUUACAAUUGGAAAGUAAGGGAUUCUGGGUAUAACAUUGCAAUUUUCAAAAUAUACUGUAUCAGUGAAAUGUUGCUUACGUGUUUGUCUAUAGCAGAUUACCCUACAAUUAACGCCCUGAAAUUAUGUGCACUGUUUAUGGAUGUGUGUGUGUGCGAGAGAGGGUGUGUGUAUAUAUUUACAGUAUGUUAAUCAGAUUAAACUGUCUCUGACCCUCCUGUAAUGUUUCAUAUUGUGAACUCUGUGAAUGUGUAUAAAUUUUAUUGUGUAAAGUUAAUCACAGUUUAAAAUGGGAGGUGCUUUUCUGCAUUGUAGGGAUAUGUUAAAGGGAUAUUUCACCCAAAAAUGAAAUUUGUCAUGUCAUUUACUUAUCUUCAUAUUAUUCCAAACCUGUAUGACUUUAAUCUUAUUUUAUGUUCCACAGACGAAAGUAAGUCACACAGGUAUGGAAUGACAUGAGGGUGAGUAAAUGAUGACAGAAUUCAAAUUUUUAUGUGGACAAUUUCUUUAAGGAACUACAUCUGUUUACAAGGCCUAUGCAUGUACUAAAAUCAAUAAGACUGUUACAGCAAUGUUGCCAAAGAAAUGGAAAUACGUGUGUCUGAAUCCAAUCAGAGUCACAAACAAAUGUCUCCUGAAGCGUGAUAUUAAAGUUAUUACAUUAUAAUUAAAAGUUAUUAAAAUAUAAUUAUAUGUAUAUAUAAAAAUCUAUACAAAACAAUACUUCAGUCUAACAAUGAAUUAUCUUUUUUUUUUUAUUUUGAGUAAAUUUUUAAAAUAAUUUUGAAUAAUGAACUUACUUGAUCUAUCAGUUGUCUGUUAAUAUUAUUUGCCAGAUGUUUUU